AAAAAGGAAAAAUAGACAUCCUGAUUUUAUAUAUAGAAAAGAAGUAAAUUAAAAGAAACAAUUUUAUGUACUUAUUAAGUUUUGAAAUAUUCAGAAUACGCCUGCGUAAUAGCGGGAAGCUUGUAACUGAAAAAUCAAGAACCCAGCCAACCCCAGCGGCAGUGAAGGAUGAAGUAUGAAAAUUUUCAUUCAACUGCAAAAACAACUCUCUCACUUCACUCAAUAUAGAGCUUUUACUUCAACAAGAAUCAGCCAAAAUUUCCUGCCGAACACCAUAGGCACCGAAUCAAGCUUGGCAUCAAUAUCAUCAAACCCAUGUUUUGCACUUCUGAGUCUUUGCAGAACCCUCUCUUCUCUCAAAAAAAUCCAUGCCCUUUUCAUAGUUCACGGCGAAACGCAUGAUGUCCUCUUAAAAACAAAGUUAAUUAGUUUAUAUGGACUAUUUGGGCACUUAAAGAAUGCCCGCAAACUGUUCGAUGAAAUUCCAAACCCAGAUCUUUUUUCUUGUAAAGCAAUGAUAAGAUGGUAUUUUAUGAACGAUAAGUAUGAUGAGAUUAUUGGGUUUUAUAAUUUCAUGAGAAAAGGUCUCACUUUGUUUGACAAUGUCGUGUUUUCAAUCGUUUUAAAGGCUUGUAGUGAGUUGUGUGAUAUUGAUGAAGGUAGGAAUUUGCAUUGCCAUAUUGUGAAAGGUGGAAAUUCUGAUAGUUUUGUGUUGACUGGGCUUGUUGAUAUGUAUGCUAAGUGUGGAAAGGUCGAAUCUUCGCGUGAUGUGUUUGAUGAUAUUUUGGAUAGGAAUGUGGUUUGUUGGACUUCAAUGAUUGUUGGUUAUGUAAAGAAUGAUUGUGCUGAAGAAGGGUUGGUUUUAUUCAGUAGGAUGAGGGAUGGGUUGGUUGAAGGUAAUGAAUAUACUUUGGGGAGUAUAGUAACGGCAUGUGCUAAAUUGAGAGCUUUACAUCAAGGGAAAUGGGUUCAUGGGCAUAUCAUAAAAAGUGGGAUUGAACUAAAUUCCUACCUGGUUACAGCUCUGGUAGAUAUGUAUAUGAAAUGUGGAGCUACUGCUGAGGCUCGUGUGAUUUUUGAUGAGCUUUGUGCAAAUGAUUUUGUUACGUGGACAGCAAUGAUUGUUGGAUAUAGUCAAAGUGGCUAUCCAGAUGAGGCACUGAAACUCUUUACAGACGAGAAAUGGCAAGGAAUAUUGCCUAGUUCAAUCACUCUUUCUAGUGUACUUUCGGCAUGUGCACAGUUGAACAAUCUGAAGUUGGGAAAAUCAGUCCACACUCUCAGGAUUAAGCUAGGAUUGUAUGAGGCUACUGUGACAAAUGCUUUAGUGGACAUGUAUGCGAAGUGUGGUGCAAUGGCAGAUGCUCGUUGCUUAUUUGAGAACUUCGCACACAAUGAUGUAGUUGCCUGGAAUUCACUUAUUUCUGCUUAUUCGUUGAAUGGAUCUGCUAAGGAGGGUCUGAUAUUGUUUCAUAGAAUGAGAUCUAAACAUCUUCAGCCGGAUGAAUUUACAAUGGUGUCUGUCCUAUCAAUUUGUGCUUCACUUGCGAAUCUUAGAGUUGGUUCUUCUUUUCAUGCUUUUAUUAUCAAAGAGGGUCUUUUAUCGUCUAAUUUAUAUGUAGGUACUGCACUUGUUAAUGUGUAUGCUAGAUCUGGUGAUGCAAAAUCUGCUCGUGUUUUUGAUGAGAUGACAGAUAGGAAUGCAGUGACGUGGAAUUCGAUGAUAGGUGGCUAUGCAAUGCAAGGGGACUGCAGGAAUUCCUUUGCGCUUCUCAGUGAUAUGAUCAGGGAAAGUUUUGAACCUAAUGAUAUAAUCUUCACUUCGAUACUAUCUGCUUGCAGCCAUAGAGGGAUGAUAGAGGAGGGAUGGAGAUUUUUCUAUACAAUGUGUGAGGAAUAUAGGUUUGUUCCGUCCAUGAAGCACUAUACAUGUAUGGUUGAUUUACUGGCUCGUGCUGGAAGGCUUAAGGAAGCCCUGGAUUUCAUUGACAAAAUGCCAAUUCAACCUGAUAUUCCGGUGUUUGGUGCUUUUCUUCAUGGAUGUGGUAUUCACACCAGAUUUGACUUAGGGGAGGUGGCAGUGAGAAAAAUGCUGGAGUUGCUUCCUCAUGAUGCUUGUUAUUAUGUGCUUAUGUCAAAUUUAUAUGCCUCUGAUGGGAGAUGGAGUCAGGCUUAUCAAAUGAGAGAGUUGAUGAAGAGCAAAGGUUUGAACAAGUCCCCUGGGUGUAGCCAGGUUAACAUGGAUUGCGAAAACGACUGUCUGAGGGUGUCAUCUAUUGCUUAAUUAUUUCCGAGGAACAUUUGACAUUAGCUGCCUGGAAUGAUUAUCCGCCCUCGGAAGAAGUUAGCAUCAUACCUUGUUGGGGACUAUUAAAAUAGCUUUUACAGAAACAUUUGCCACAGAAACCUUAAUCAAGGGUAAAUUACAGCUCUCGUUGACUGCAGGCAGAACUUGAGUGAGUUCAAAUUCAAAAUUUUAUCCACUUCAAUCUAGUUGCCAGGUUAACUGAAUUGAAGUUUUCCGACAUGGACAGUGAGGAUUUUAUAUAGCUAAUCCCAACUUGCCUGGAAUUGAGGAUUUUCUUGAGCCGAGGAUCUUCCGGAAACAGCCUUUCUACCUCCUAAGGGUAGGGGUAAGGUCUGUGUACACACUACUCUCCCCGGACCCAAACUUGUGGGAUUCCACUGGACUUGUUGACGUUGCCGAGCUUGAAACUUAAGGAGCCACUUAGGAUGGUUUUUUGGCUCUCAAAACUUUGUGGAGAGAGAACUUUUAGGGGAAGAUUGGAUAUACAUGAAUCUGAAGAUAUUCCUAGUAUUGCACGUUAGCCUUUGGAAUUUGGGUUGAGAAAUGUUGGCUUGUGAACCUGUAAGCCUUUAAACUUGAGGAUGGAUCUCUCUUGAAGGUGCUAUCACUGUAUUCUUCUACACUAUUUUGCUGAUUGAAAAAUUAGCUAUGGAAAUUCUGGACACAAGUGUUGAAUGCUAUGCUUGGCAGAAUUUCUGGCAAUUCGAAUGUACAUCGAUCUCCAUUGUGUGACUAACAUUAUACCCUAGACGAGAUUGUUCUUAGCUGAUGGUUCUCAGACCCUCAUGUGGAAUGACAUUUUUGAGUGAAAAAUACAGAAUAAUCGUGCUACCCUUGCAAGAAUUUCUGAUUUGGAUGAUGUUACAGUAGCAGAUUUCUUUACCCCGCUUAGAUAUUACUCAGACCUAAAGGAGAUUUUGUAAGUAACUACUCAUUGGAGUAAAUUCAUUGACACUGAGCAAGUUUCCUGGAACAAAGUGGCUAAUACUGGUGCAUCUCUGGUAGCAACCAGUUAGAACGGCUGUAUUUAGUAACAUUUUCAGAUGUUUGAGUAGAAAGCUACACUGCAACAAAGAUCGAGUCUCCCCUAUCUACAUCUUCAAUUUUCAUUUUCACUCUGGCAUGGACAGUACAGACAUGUAAUGCACUUCAUUCUUUUGAGUAAUAUAUCUGGAUAUACAUACAUCAUGAUACAUUAUCAAUACUGGAAUGGAUCAGUAGUCAAAAGAUUAGAUUUCCGAUCUUUCUUGAUUCAGUUUCAGAUGGUUUAAAGGUGAACACUACCUUCAAGAUCACUGUUUUAGCUUUGAAUGAGGAAACUGAAAGGCAAGUUGGAGUACCCAAGUGGUGCAUUACUUAAUAUUUUGCUAAUUCUCCAUCCACCAAGAAAACUAAGGGGUCGUUUGGCAGAGUGUAUAAGAAUAAUGCUGAAUAAGGUGUAUUAAUAGUGUUGGUAUUAGUUAUGCGGACAUAUUUCUUAUCCAUCGUGUGGUUUGAUGUAUUAAAGCAUUGCA